AUGGACGAGGAUACGGCUCGCGCGUCGCAAGAAAGUCCAGCUGCAUAUCUUCAUCUAGUAGACACCAGAAGCGAACAUCAAUCUCAGCUGUGGGAGCGAGAAAUCUUCAAGAUUGGGCGAGACCCUCGUGCAAACACGUUGGCUGUCGAUAAUGACCUCAACGUUGCAGUUUCUCGAAACCACUGCGAAGUCUAUGUUGUGGUGUAUGAGCCAACUAUCAACCAUGUCUAUGUGCGGGAUCGAAAGUCUUCAAAUGGCACCUUUGUCAAUGGCCAACUCAUUGGUUCUGGUCCGGAUAUAAGCCCUGGCUACCUACUACAGAGCGGCGAUUUGUUCGCAAGCAAGUAUCACGUCAAUAACCAUUGCCUCGGGCAAGGAGCGGAAGCAGUCGUCUGCCUGGCAAACGACGUCCAGACGAAGAAGCAGUUAGUUUGCAAGUUGAUCAAUCUCGACAAGAUUCAAGGAAAGAAUUCUCAAGAGGAUAUCCGCCGCAAGUUUCAGGAAGCCGAUAUCUUGCGCCAGCUGCGACAUCCUAACAUUCUUCCUUACGUGGAUGCUAUCUCAUCACCACACUCACUCUACACCUUUACAGAACUUGCAUCGGGUGGUGAUCUCAUGUCAUUCAUCCUACGCCAUGGCACGGUCAAGGAACUCGACUCACGGAUCAUUAUACGUCAAGUUGUCCGUGGUCUUGGCUAUCUCCAUGAGAAAGACAUUGUUCACCGUGAUCUCAAACCAGAGAAUAUCCUCUUGGCGUACUCGCCUAAGAUUGCGUACCAUCGAGUCAUGCUUUCAGACUUUGGCAAUUCUGCCGUGCCUCGACGCAGCAGAAUGAUCACAAAUGCUGGGACACCAGGUUACCAAGCACCGGAGUUUGCAGCCGGUGGGCAAGCUCACACUGCGGCUGUCGACAUCUGGUCCUUAGGUGUUGUUGCACUGCUCCUCCUCGCAUCUGAUAACCACGACACAGAGCUCAACAAGAUGGGACAAGGAGACAUAAUCGAAUAUCUCACUAGACUGUUCAAUGGAUUGCAGACAAAACCCUCUCUCGAAGGGAUUGAAUUCGUCUGGAACUGUCUGAAAGUUGACCCAUUACAGAGAAUCAAUGCUUAUGGUGCGAAGACGCAUGCAUGGCUUUGUUCUCCGAAGAAGAAUCGGGAACUGUUCAAACGAAUGGACUCUAGAACACUGGCUUCUUGGAAACCUCAAGAUAAGCUCAAACCGAUGCCUUGGGUGUUACCUGAUCUUGCACCGAGCAACCCACCAACACCUACAAGAAGCCCAGGCUCAUCAAUCAGCCAAUACUUCACGACGACACCUACACGCUUUGAAACUACGACCACAAAGUCUAGAGACCGCGUUCUGGAGAUAGCCGCAGAACCUGACCCAGGAACUGCCACUCGUAAGACUACCUCGUCUUUCUCGGUGCCACCGCGUCCAUCCGGCACUCUAAGAGAGUCUGCGACUAGUCUAAAGAAGUCUCAACCUCCUUGGCAAGGGUUUCGUAAGCCUAACGGUUCAGCGAACACUGAAUUCCCAUCAAAACGCAAGAGAGUCCCAAGAGCCAGGACUCAUGAUACUGCGAAUCUUCCCCUCCCUGGGCUAGAGAGGCAUUUAAGAUCACCUACCAAUACCAAUCCUCGUUAUAGGCAAAACGUUCUUUCGGCCCUCGAAAGGACGAAGUCAAAGUUCCUCACAGACAGCAUCUCUCCUGUUCCGAGAACUCCCCUAGAUGCUCUCACUACCAGUGCAUUGGUUCCGCCAUCAAGCCCUAAGAAACGGAAGAGCAAGCGUGAUGUGAGGCUAAAGGGAUCGGUCGGGGCCAAUAUGCGGCACCCACCUCAGCUCACAUUCCGCUGA